AUGAUGUUACGUAUUGAAUAUUCAUCAAUAGUUAAUCGUGAUACAUUUUUCUCAAGACAACAUUCAGAUCAAUUGGAUCAACUUGGAGAUACAUAUUUAUCACGAUAUAUGUCAAAUUUAUCUGUUAAAUCACCUCCUACACGAACAAUUGAAACAUUUGAUCAAUUAACAAUUGAUGGUUUAUAUGAAUAUUUACUACGACUUGAUCCAAAUAUACAAUCAUUAGCUGAAAACUUACGUACUCAUCGUGUUUCUGGUCUUGAUUUAAUAAAUUUCAAUGAAAAUGAUUAUGAAAAUUUAAAUAUAUCAUAUGGUGAGAAGAAAAAGCUUCAACUAUUAAUUGAACGAAAAAAAUUAAAUUCGAAGGUAUCGGAUACAACACAAACACCAAAUGAAAUUAUUGAAUUAAAAUCUGUAAUUAAAAAACAAGAAGAAGAUAUUCAAGAAAAAAAUAAAUCUAUUCAACAACUUGAAGAUAUUUUAGAAAAACAAGAACAACAAACACAACUUCAAAAUGCAAUUAUUCAACAAUUACAAGAUGCUAUGGAAAAACAAAAACAAGAAAUGGAUAUGUUAUUGGAAUUAGUAGAACAACAACGUGCACUUAUUUCAGCUUCACAAAAAUCUUAG